AUGACACGUUGUGCAGUAGUCGCAUUAUCUUUUGAUUGGACAUUUUGGUACAAAGAUAAGUGCGCAGAGGACGAGGAUUGGAGAUUGAACUUCCAGAAGUUGUUCGAAGUGUCGACGGCUACGCAAUUUCUCGAGGCCUACAAUUUAACAAAACUGCCCUCUGGUUUGCCGCUAGGGGCCAGUUAUUAUUUUUUCAAAAAGGGAAUACAGCCUAUGUGGGAAGAAGAACCGAAUAGAGGCGCGGGAGCUUGGAUCAUUCAGGUCGAAAAUCAGAUAAAUAAUGAUUUAAACUUGAUUUGGUCAGAUUUGUUGUUUACACUUAUCAGUGGCGGGUUUAAAGAGUUGUCGUGUUAUUUAUGUGGCAUCACGUGUAACGUGAAACACAAAAAAAUGAAAAAAGUUGCAAUAUGGACAGUUAAGACUACGUUGGAAAACUAUGAACAUAUAAUGAAGAUUGGAAAAAUUCUGCAAAUUCUCAAACUAAACGUUUACGAAAUAAAAUCAUUAAAAUAUAAAUUACAUAACAGAUUGUCAAAUAAUUUUGACUAUGUGUUAUAA